AUGGCUGAAGUCGCUGGCGAAGGUCGCUCAAAGGCCCAGCUGAUUGUCGGAAUCGAUUUUGGUACCACCUUCUCCGGCGUUGCAUUCGCCUUCGCUACAAACACCGAGGCCAAGGAAGACAUCAUCACCGAAUGGCCCGGUGCGGGAAAUCAGGCCAAACAAAAGAUCCCCACCGUACUUUACUAUGAUCAGUACCAGAAGGUCGUGGGCUGGGGCCCUGACAUCGCCGAUGCAUUGGCCCCCACGGGCUACCCAAAACCUGGCGUUCAAAAGGUGGAAUGGUUCAAGUUGCAGCUGAUGCUCUCUGGAAACACCUACAUUGACCCCAUCAACCUGCCCCCGCUUCCCCCGGGCAAAUCGGAGAUCGAUGUAGCCGCCGACUACCUGUUCCAUCUGCGACAGGCAAUGCGAAACCAGCUGCAGAAGACCUUGGGCGAGGUAUUCAAUCGUGAGGAGCGCAACAUCCGAUACUACAUCACCGUCCCCGCCAUUUGGAACGAUGCUGGAAAGGCUGCCACCCGCGCUGCCGCCAUUCAGGCUGGCUUCCUUCGCGAUGAGAACGACAACAGGCUGACCCUCAUUACCGAGCCCGAAGCCGCGGCCAUGUUCUGCUCCAAGACCGGUCUCCUCAACCUUAAGAUUCACGACGCCGUCCUCAUCGUCGAUUGCGGUGGUGGUACCGUCGAUUUGAUCGCCUACGAAGUCGAGGAGGAGCAGCCGUUCUCCGUGGCCGAGUGCACAGCAGGAUCCGGUGACUCGUGCGGUUCAACGGCGCUUAACCGUAACUUCAGUAACAUUCUGCGCGCCAAGAUCAGGAAGAUGAAGCUUCCCGACGGUUCCAAGACGGCUGGCAAGGUCUACGCAAAGUGCAUCAUGGACUUCGAGAACCGUGUCAAGGCCGACUUCCGAAACAACGGCCAGAAGUGGGCUGUCGACGUCGGUAUCGAGGCCGAGUUCCCCGAGGCCGGCAUCGAGGAAGGCUACAUGACCUUUACCAACGAGGAGAUCCUGCAGUGCUUCGAGCCCGUGGUGAACCGAAUCUUGGAACUUGUGCGAAACCAGAUCAUUGCCAUCCAGGCCCAGAACAGGACACUUCAAAACGUCCUUGUCGUUGGAGGUUUUGGUGCCUCCGAAUACCUCUUCCAGCAGAUCAAGCUACACGUGCCCCCACAGUUUCAAUCCAAGGUUGUCCGACCCAUGGACUCUGUCGCUGCCAUUGUCAAGGGUGCCGUCACCGCUGGUAUCACAGAGAGGAUCGUCACACAUCGUGUCGCUCGUCGCCACUACCUCAUGGCCACUCUCCAGCCAUUCAAAGAGGGCCACCAUCCCGAGCAGUACCGUGUCCCCUCCUUGGACGGCAAGGACAGGUGCAAGUACACUCGCCAGAUCUUCGUCCAGAAGGGUCAGCGUGUGAAGAUUGGAGAGCCCGUCAAGGUAUCUUUCUUCCGACAAGUCGCCCCCGGUGCUACUCUCAUGUACGAGGAUAUUCUGUAUGCCUGCGACGACGAUGUAUGCCCAGAAUACACCAAGGACCCACGCAUCAAGGAGGUCGUCACUCUAACCUCAGAUCUUUCCCGCAAGAACCUCGAAAAGGACUUCGAGCGCAUGGACACCCCCCAAGGAACUUUCUACCGCGUAUACUUCGACAUCUACCUCACCCUCGACGGUUCCGAAUUCAACGCCGAGCUCGUCUGCCAAGGCGAAGUCAUGGGUCGUUGCACUGCCCGAUUCCGAUAA